AGUUUUGUUGAAUCUGUACCUCAUGGCUGAUCAUGGAGCUUGCCAUACAUAUAAGCAAAGUUUGUGUUUAAUUGUGUAGAGCUUCACUAAUGAGGCUCUAUUAAUAUUAUAAAUUUAGUUAUAUCAAAAAAUAUUUACUGCAGUUAUUGUCACAAAAUGUUGAUGUGUAUAAAUCAAGUGUUAUAAUUUAACCAGUUGUCAUUAUAUUUCGUGAAAAAUGUUACGGUGAUGGAAUCCCUCGAAGAAUCAAACUGUCACUCAAUGAGCGACAGUUUUUCUUUAUAUGAGCGUUAUUUGAGAAGCUUUAAUGUUGUAGACAACUUCAUUGAUGAAAAUAAACAUCCUGAACCUAAUGAGCCGGCCUCUGACAGCAAUUGCUUUUACGAUAGUUCCGAUAGUGUAGGUAACAUUGAUUUGUCGCUUGUUGCAUCAAACUAUGUUAAAAAUAAUUACUGUGAAACAGCUGAAACUGAAUGUAAGUUGUUGACUCCGAUUGCUUGUGAUAACGCCCCUGAAAAAAGGUCAUUGUUGCACAGUGACCCGAGUAUAAAAGUAGAAUCGCCUUGCACAUCUCUUGCGGCGUCUUUACUCGACAAUUCGUCCGGUACCGUGAACUGCUUACACAGCGAUAAAUCAGAUCCUAUUGAAGUUCCUGUUUCAUCUGACGAUUCAAAAUCUGGACUGUUUAAACAUCCCGUGUUCAUAACCUCAACUAUGGAAAACAGCAACAAUGCUGUUGAUAGUGUACCAAUGUUCUGUGACGUACGAAACUCUGAAAGCAUUUUUAAGUUACCUAUCAGUGAAUUGUCAUUUAAUGGUACUAUAAAACAUGUUAAAAAAUUGAAACCUAUUGUAGAUCCCAUAACUGCCUUGACAUCAAACAAUGGAUUAGUUAAUUUAGAUGAAAAAACAGUAGAUCACUGUGUGGAUGCACAAGCUUGUGGCAGUAAUGAUGCUCAAUUAGUUAAUGAGCAAAAAGACAGUAGUGAUAUUAAAUCAAGAAGUUUAACAGAUAGCCAUAGUAGUAGUGAAAAGAACAUCAUGGAAAAGACAGCUGAAAGUUCAGGAGAUUCUCAGUAUGAAGAGUUUAUAUUAAAGCGAGACUGUCAAGUGAAUGAUGAAGGAAGUAGUGUGAAAUGGAAUUUAGAACAAAGUUACUCAUCACUGGAAGCAUCUUUUGAUAGUGGUGUGCGGUCUCCAGAUUUAUUUUCAGAUGAAGGUGAUGAGCCUCUUCCAGAGUCAGAACCAUUUUGGACCUUUCUCAAGGAUUUUGAAACUUAUGAUAAGAUGAAAGUUAAGAAAAUUGAGAAAGCACUCCAAGGAGUGUUGCCUCCGCCUUCAGUCACAAUCUUAAAAACAGAUGUGACAGAAAUGCUCAAGAAAUACUACUGUUUUUUACCAGCUUUCACUGAGACCGCCAGUAUUGAUGCCCCAGAUCUCAAUUCAGUAACACCAACGAAAAGGGUGUCCCUUAUACAAAUACCUACAGAAACAGAUUCAUUGCACUCAUCAAAUGAUGAUAUAACACAUAGAACAAAGUGUGGCACAUCAGAAGCUGAGAAAACCAAAGGAAGUACAAAGUUUGAUUCACAACUAAAUAUUAGUACAAAUUGCAAAGGGAUAAACAUAAAAAUGUGUACAGAAAUUGAAGCUGCUGAAAUGGUCUGGCCAGAUGUGUUAAAAUACAGAAGUCAUGAUGUUUAUUACAAUGUGACUAACUACUCUGAGAAGGUUGAACUGUUAGCGCUACGUUAUGGGGAGAGAUAUGUCGGCGCGGAGACAGACACCAGUGUCAGUAUUCACUCUGGGGGCUUGCAGUCCCCAAGUAGUGCUAGCAAGAGGAAAGCACUUAGACUCAAGAUGGCACAAGCGACGUCACCAGGUAGACGUUUGUCUCACUUGGCUCGUCGCCGACAAGCAUUCUGCAGUGCAGCCACCAUCAAUGAAAAGGCACAAGCAACCAACUCAAGAAUGGUGCUUAUUGAUAAGAAUUUCUUCCCACACAGAAAGCUGAUAAACACAUCUGAAAGAAAAAGUCCGCGACUGCGACGUACUCCGGGUAAGAAGACGCCCAUCCGUAAAUCGCUCGGUCAGAAGACACCAAUUAAAACCCCAAAGUCGCGCAAUGAAGGCUCCAGCCGGAAGAAAGCUAUGAGGAGACUACUUAUGGAUUCAGAAUCUAUGACACGGUCCCAGCCAUCCCGAGAAACACUGAAGAGGGCAUUAUUUAUAAGUCCAGAGAACCGAAAGACUGUUCCACCGGCUCCCUGUUCUUCAGUACCACUUCAGGCAAUGAGGUCUAAAAGAGCUUUGUUCGGAUCUCCAGAUUUAGCUCAAACUAAGAGUUCAGAUGGAUCUCUAAGUGACCAAUUCUUAAAGAGGAAACGUGAUUCGUUAGAUGAUGACCCGAAUAACAGUAGGAGCAAAAUAGCAAAGAGUUUGUCUUUCGGUGGCGAUACAAUAGGUAACACACAGCCGCAAUCGUUCUCUCGCCGAGCGUCUGAAAUGUUGGUCUCGAAGACUGCGGGUAGUGCUCAAUUGAACGAGAAUCAUAAAAAGAAACUUUUAUGGGCUGUGUGUGAGGCGUUACGGCCGCACGGAUGGUCGAUGUCCUCGCCUGGUUUCCGCGAGAAGGCGUCGGCUCUGGCGCGACUCACCCGCAAACUGCUGACGCUGGCGCCGCACGCCGCCAGGCUCGCAUCCCCCAACCUUUCUACAUCUGACACAAUGCUCAAACUCGCUCGCCGGUACGUGUUUGCAAUAAUACAAGGACGUUCAAUCGACGAUUGUUUCGAAGAGGAACAAGUGAAGGUUAACAAUGAAUCCAGUACUAAAAUCACUGGAUACAUAUCGGCAACUGCUUACCGGCAGCUGAUGGCAAGACAAGCGGCUACAAGUACUUCCACCUCGCAGAUCAAAGAGAAUACUUGCAACAAUAGUUCUGUGAAGUUGGAACAACCCAGGAGCACAUCGAAAAACAUCUUACAAGACAAGUUAGUAAAUAUCGAUGCAAAUUCAAGUAGCAGUAGUGGACUCAGUUUGUUGGAUAAAACGAGUGUCGGUUUGUUCAAAUCACACUCGAUGCCUUCGUUCGAAGAGGCAGCUAAGAUGAGAGCCAGGAGGCAAAUUAGUUUUGAUAAUGUCGAUUUUCCAAAAAGGUGAUGUGCUCACGCAGUCAAUGUCAAUUCUGUUAUGUUUCAAUAAUAUUAGGCAAUACUUUUUUAUACAUUUGAAAAACGAACAAACAAAGGGACUCAUUUUUGAAUGCUUUAUUAACAUUGUUACUAAACCCACGCCGCGAAUAUCUUAACUGCGAUAGCAAAAAAGCCAUAUAUGGUAAUACAUACAGAAAGAGACGCCAUUAUAGGAAUUUAUGGAUAUCAAAAAAAAAAACACACACACACACAGUACUUCCACAUUUUCUAGAGUUUUGCACAUGUUGACAUUUUAAUUUGUAUGUGAUUUCCUAUAAUUGCAUCUCGGUAUGUAUGGUUUAGUUUCUUCGCUGCCGCGUUUUGUGGCGUUAUUACAGCUUAAUGGUAUGAUCUGAGUAAUUAAGUAGUGAUCGUGUAAACAAAAACAAUAAUCUGAUAAUUUUACAAAUGGAUAAAUAAAUUAAAUAACGAGUCGAUAUUUAAAAAGGGGCAAACUUGUGUUGGAUCCUAAUCAGUAAAUUAAUAUUCACUGUUAUCUCUUCUCUCAUAUUGUAGUUAUUGAUACCUGAUACAUAUUUUUUUAUAGCUAAUUAAAUAUAUUGCAUGAGCUAUCAUUCUUUCUACUUUGUAAUUUUAUACGGUAUUUGUGCAAAUGAAAAAUUGAUUGACAUUAACUUGUAUCAUAAUUGUAUAUUGGUGUAAAUUUUCUGGUAUAUGUUUAUAGUCUAUCUCCCAUAUAUACAAUGUUAGGUUUUAAAUAUUAAUCUAUACAUAAAGAUAUUAAUUGCUCUUAAUAUGCAUUCUAUUGUAAAAUAUAUCAGUGUUGUGUGUAGUCAACCUUGGUAUAAAAUAGAUACAUCUUGUAUUUUAUACAUAUAACUAAAUGUGAGCAUACAUAACAUCCAAAUAACGAUAAUUUGUCUUUGGUUGUUCCUUAGCAAUUGUAGAAAGAAAAUAGAUUAGUUUGAAUUGCUUUAUGUCUAUGGCUUGUCUUGUUUAUAGAAGGAAUAGUAACAUUUAUGAAAACUUUUCAAUGUCGAUAUUAAAUGUUGCCAAGCCUUGUAACUAUGGUUUAUUUUUUCUGCAAUUGACAUAUAUUUGAAGGAACGUUGCAAGUCAUUCUUUGCUUUUGCACAGUACUAUGUAUAUUUAAUAAUUGUUAUAUCGAUAAAUAAAUCUUAAGACUUCUAAGGGAUUGACAGUUUAUAUUACUUGCUAUGGAACCGAUCCUAAAAUUAUCUCUAAAAUGACGGAAUAUUAGUUGAGUGGAACGACUACAGGUUGAUUCAAUUAAAUGUGUUUAAUAACGAUGUAAACAUUUCUUUCAUUCUUCUAAAUUUGUUUCGGCGUGGGUCUAUCUGUUAUUACUGUUUGCAUUAACUAUCUAAAUACUGCUUUAACUCUGUGGCUUCCAAGAAUUGACAUUUCAGAAAUAAAUUGACAAACUUGUAAAUAUUAGACUUAUUGACUAUUUAUUUAAGUAUAAAUGAAUAAAGGGGAUGUUCAAGUAUUACGUAACGUAAUUUUUGAAGAUUUUUAACCUACCCUCGUCCCCAUAUAACGCGUUGUAACAUUUUACCGUACCCUCUCCCCGUCUUUAAAUUUUACGUAAUUUUUUACCUAAACUUCACAACACUAACAAAUAUAGACAACAAAAGAAAAAUAAAAAUGACGUACAAUACAGUCCAAGGAUUUCCUGUAAAACAAACGAAAAGGAUUGCCAACUUAGGGGAUUCUAAUUUCUUAGUUUUUAUUAAAAUAAAAUGAAUAUUACGUAAUGCAUCGUUCGAAACCUCCUCCCAUUCCUGCAACGCGUCGUAACGUUUCACGAGACGCCUCCCCUCCCCAAAUUGCGUUACGUAGCACUUGUAUGCCCCCAAACUUGUAACAUUUAAGUUAAACGAAUUACUUUUUUUUUAGUUGCUGUGACUUAUUGACUUAUAAAUUAAUAUAAUUUUAUUAGUGAUACUUGAAAUAUAUUGAAGUAAUUGAAUGAGAAUGCAUAAUUAUAAGUUAGGUAAUAAAUAUUGUCCAGCCAACAUAGCUCAUUUGUUCGCAAUGCUCUUUUUAACAGUACAUUGUUUUUUUUUAAAUAGUUUUAUGUUGUUAUUCAAAGCAUGACUUUUCUAGUAGUUCAUGAAUGACUUUUGUUUAAUAUAUGUUAUAAAAGUAAGUGUUACAUGCUGUGUGUAUUACAUCUAAUGUAUUCGUAUUUUGUGCACUGAAUAUAAUAUGAAUUUGACUUCAUGUAUAUUGGCGGACCUAAUGUGUUACUAUUGCUGAGCUUGAUCUCGGGUUUUAAUAAAUUAUUUUGCUGUCAGAAA